GGACCGGAGGUUCCGUGCCAUCCCGUCUGCCGUGGCAACCCUCUGCCGUUUCUGUGGACAGUCCAUGCACCGAGCUGCCAGUUCGAUUGUCGAAAAAAAAAGAGAUUUAUCAUGACAGGCCGCACACUAAAAAUGACCAGCGGCGACGACAAGACCGAAGGUGGAAGAGCACCUCUGAUCCUCGCCCGCGCGGCCUUUGCUCUCCUGAUCCCCAAUUUGAACCCGCAGAGGAUUUUGAUUUGAUCCUUGGUUCGGGUGAGAUUUGAGGGAGGGAUCCAUCAGGAUGGAUCAGAUCAUGGGGAAGGUCGGCGGGUCCUGGUUCAACCAGAAGGCCGGCAAGGAGAUGAACAACAUCGGCGACGACAUCAAUUCAAUCUCAAGCAGCAUUGGAGAUGGAGCCAAAUGGAUGGUCAACAAGAUCAAAGGGAAGAUGCAGAAACCACUGCCCGAAUUUCUCAAGGAUUACGACCUUCCGAUGGGCCUCUUCCCGCAGGAUAUAACCAAUUACGAGUUCAACGAGGAGACGAAGAAGCUCACUGUGUAUAUUGCGUCGCCGUGCGAAGUUGGCUACAAGGACUCCUCGGUGUUGCGGUUCUUCACCUGCGUGACCGGUCACCUUGACAACGGUAAGCUGACGGAGGUGGAGGGCAUGAAGACCAAGAUCCUGAUCUGGACCAAAGUAACAGGCAUCAGGACCGAGGCCACCAAGGUGCAUAUCUCUGCUGGCAUGAACAAGGCCCGGAAUCGUGAUGCUUACGAGGUUGUCAGGGAUGGUGUUACCAUAGACAAGUUCUAGAUCAUAUUUUUUUGAUUAAGUUUGAUGCAACUGUACAUGUAAAGCUCCUCUCUUGCCAUUCCAAAACCUGUAUCUCCUGUCUGUAAAAAGCAGAUUGUAAAUUAAACAACCAUAGAUUCGGGGAAACAGAUGCGUCAUGAAUUGCCCCUUCUUCCAUCUGACAGGGAAUGAACACAGUCAAGUUUGAGUGUUUGAAGGUACAGUGAAGGUAAUUUAAACAACAAUACAACAUUCCUUUCUGUUU